CCGACCAAUGGGAGGGCGCGGCUAGUGCGCCCUGAUUGGACGCCGGCGCGGAGGGCGAGCUCGGGUCCCGCCCCCCCCUUCUCCUCCUCCUCCUCGGGCUUCCCGCCCGCCGCUGACGGACAGGUCGGUGGGUGGUGCCCGCCGGAGCAGCCCGGAUCCUCCCGAUCGGCGAGUCCGGGCUCCCAGCCCCGAGAUGGCAGACCAGCCCCUCGCGGAGAUGGUGGAGAUCGCGGUGCGGGAAUUUACGUCAGACCCCGACGGUAUGCAGGAAAGCUCCCGCAUGGCCGAACGGGAUGAUUCCAAUCCCACUGGGAAACGCCGGAGGGUAGAGGUGGCCCAGCUGGAAUCUGAGGAAGGAGAGGACAGCAUUCAGGCACUUCUCUACUCUGCCAGCAAGACCCUCUGCCUGCGACUGGACGCCAUUGAGGCCGACCUCAACAGCAUGGAGGACAAGUGCAAGUGCCUGAGGGCCAAGGUCGACCUGCUGGCCAAUCAGAACGCGCUGCGGCCGCCGGUGGGCGAGCAGCCGGACGGGGGGCAGGUGGUGAGCGGCAGUUCAGCCCCCCUGCCGAAGGAGGCGCCGAGGAGACCCCCGGACGCGGGGGAGGAGCAGCCCUGUGCCGAGGAGGGAGCGGGUAGCCCCGGUGGGGGGGAGGGCAGCCAGGGCGGGGUGCAGGGCCUGAGCCCGGGGGUCCGGAUCGUGGCGCUGUGCGCGGAUGGGCGGGGUGAGGGGGAGGAGCGGGCGGAGGGGGCCGUGGCCCUGCUGCCCGAUGCCACCAACCUGCUAUACCAGCUCAUGUACUUACCCCCCCCCCCCCACCCACCCCCUGACCCCCAAACCCCACCCGACGUCAAAUAAACUCCACCACCCGCACACGGCCAAAGCCCCAGCUCCCGGAACCUUCCGGAAACGGGUGCUGGACUGCUCCGGCCCCGGCUGGCCAUCUCCGCGCAUUGGCAUGGUCCGAUCCCGGCCCUGCGGACUCGGUCACAUCUCCCCCCACCCACCCAAACUCCUCACCUACUCGGCCUUUGACCCCUUCUCCAUGCCCAAGGGGGAGAUCACUCCCCUUUUUCUCUCCCCCUCCCUCCCCCCACUCCCUCCCCCCAGAAAAAGACCUGAAACUGGUCUGUAUUAGGCAAGGAGAAACUCUGCCCCACCUCCCUGCUUUCCCAUUCAACCACACCGCCGCGGCUUAUCUUCUACCUCAGCACCACUUACCUACGCCAAACCCCUCUCCCCCUCCGUUGCCUUAGCGCCCAGAGCAUGGGAGAGAAUCCCAGACCUUCAGCUCCCUCUGGGAGAGGGACUUUCCUCCCCAUCUCCGUCCCGAACGGCCAACCCCUCCCCCCCGCCCCUUUUUUUUAUUCUGAGGGUUGCGCCCACUGGGUUUGGAUGCUCUGCCGGGGGAAACGCCAUUCCUGCAUCUGCUCUCUCGAGCUCCUAAGAAUUUCUUGUGUUUCAAUGAAACUGUUGCUGCACCCUCUACAAGUCUCCCCUUCCUUGGGCAGGGAGACCACACCUGUUCACAGUAUUCCAGGUGUGGUCUCACUGGCACCCUGUAUAAUUGGAGCAAGACAGCUCUUGCAUUCAAAAUCUUUUUCAAUAAAGGCCAAUGCAUCUCUA